CUUUUGAAAACAUUCACAGAUACCUUGUGGAUGCAACAACCACCACAGAGUCAUAUCGCCCCCACUUCAAAGACAGUGCGCGCGCGCGCGGGACCCUUUCUUCCUCUUUGGUGGAUCUGACACGUCUCUCUCGCGCAAGCUUCAGUGCGGAGCACUACAGUCAUCCGUCAUCCAACCACCCUCGCCACCAUCCCCCCAUCCCUUCCCUUCCUAAAAGUGACAAAUUUGCAGAAACGGACACCAAACAUUUCAUCAGCAUGCGUGGCCGAAGAGCAUCAGGAAGAAGAAAGAAGAAAUUUUUCCCAGGAUUCCUCUAGCCUUCGUCUCUCACCAACAAGUCUUCAUCACCAGGUGGUCGGACUGAAUCAGGAAGAAGAAAGAAGAAUGGAGCCCUUCAAGAGCGGGUUAGUGCCCCCUCGUUUCUGCUUAGAAUCACAGAGCGACGGCCGCGGCGGAGUUUCCUCUGCCGGCGCGCUCGACAUAUACAUCCACCAUGCACGCAACAUUCAUAACAUCUGCAUCUACGCAAACCAAGAUGUAUAUGCCAAGUUCUCCCUCACCUGCAAUCCCGACGACGCCGUCUCCACCCGCAUCAUCGACGGCGGCGGUAAGAAUCCGCAGUUUAACGAGCGACUCCAACUCCAACUCAAGCUCCCCAACCCCGCGGCCGCAGUUCUGAAGUGUGAGAUAUGGAUGCUGAGCCGCGCGCGCAACUUUCUCGAAGAUCAGCUCCUCGGCUUCGCUCUCGUCCCUCUCUCCGACGUCGCAGAAUCCGGCGGCGGCCGUCUGACACGGGACUUCUCCCUUUCCUCCACCGACCUGUUCCACUCCCCAGCCGGCACCGUUCAGCUAACCCUCUCAUUUGACGAAAAGUCGUGUUUAGAAUCCAGCAUCAGCAAUUCAUCUUCCAUAAGCUCGGAGUUUGUCAUUCUUGAUCCGGCGAGAAUCGAGUUUCCUGAAGUCAAUGUGGAUAAGGAGAAUCUUCAGAUGGUUUCUGAGUACUUUUCAGUCGGCGCCUCCCCUGUUCCUUUUGUUCAUCUCGGUGGAUCGUCGGAGUCCAUAGAGGACUGCGAAAUGACUGUGAAUUCGAAUGAGUCUCCAGAUGAAAACAGCUUUCAAAAUUCUGGUCUGUUCAGUACUUCAACCAUUACAAGCAUCAGUGAUGACAGACAAGUUUUAAACACUGUGAGCUGCUCUGCUUCCAAAGGGCCUUCUCCUGAUACUCCUACUUCCAAAUCUGGUAAGGGAAGCACAAAGGGUUCAGCAAAGGAAGAGGAAGAUGGCGUCGGCGGCGACGGCGAAGAUGGAGAAUUGGGUUCUGUUUUCAAGUAUCCGCUUGGGAACAUCAACAUAGAGGCUCAGCAGAGUGCAAUUAAGCAGCAAAUAGUGGACAUGUAUAUGAAGAGCAUGCAGCAAUUCACAGAGUCUUUAGCAAAGAUGAAGCUUCCAAUGGAUCUAGAUAACCCAAAGCCUGAGGAAGAUGAAGAUGUGAUCCAGAGCCAGAAAGGGAACAAGAAAUUGGAUUCAAAUAAGAAGGAUGGAUCCAGAGUUUUCUAUGGUAGCAGAGCAUUUUUCUGAGCGGCGAAGCUAAUUUUCCUCAUCAACAGUGAUUAGUGAAAGUUGAUAUCUUUGAUUUCAUCUCAGAAGGAAAAAAGAAAUGCGCGCAGGAAUGUUCUGAUAACUCUGAUGUUUUUUGAUAAUUUAUAAUGUUUGUUUCUGAAAUUCCAUGGAUGAAGGAGGCAGAACAAUGGAGAAGAAAGCUUGCUGCUUUUAGAGUUCUUUGUUUGGGUAGGUUUUACUACUUAUUUUAUUGUAUGAUCUUUUGAGUGUAGAUUGUCGUUUGGUAAUCCAUUACAUCCAUCCUCUUGCAGGUUUUUCAAGAAGGUUUAUGUAAUUUUUCAGUUUAUACAUAGAUUCAUGUGCGCGUGUGUGUACAUUUAUGUACAUGUGCGUGUGUGCACUCACUUUCCUCCAACAUAGUUGUUGAGGGUUUAAUUUCUAGUUACACUUCAAAUCACACAUAUUAUCU